UCUAACGUCACAUCCGGUUUGGUAGGCGGGAGCGGGAAACAAAAGGAGACCAAGGACGCAUGCGUUUGGUGAGUCCCGGAUUCUGGUGGGUCCUUCCGCUCAGGCUGAGAGAAGCGCUUCCGGGUCGCCGCCGGCUGCCGGCUGCCGGCGCGAUGAGGAAACUGAGGCCCAAAGAGGUUAAGUGACUUGGCCAAGGUCAGCUAGUAAGUGGUGGAGCCAGACUCAAGCCAGGAGCCAUGACCACCUUGUUCCCUUCACUCUUCCCCCGUGUGACCGAGACACUGUGGUUUAAUCUGGAUCGACCCUGUGUGGAGGAGACAGAGCUGCAGCAGCAGGAACAGCAGCAUCAGGCCUGGCUCCAAAGCAUUGCAGAGAGAGACAACAACCUGGUUCCUAUUGGCAAGCCAGCUUCAGAGCACUAUGAUGACGAAGAAGAGGAGGAUGAUGAAGAUGAUGAGGAUAGUGAAGAAGACUCAGAGGAUGAUGAGGACAUGCAGGACAUGGACGAGAUGAAUGACUACAACGAGUCACCUGAUGAUGGAGAGGUCAAUGAGCCUCCUCUCCAGGUGGACAUGGAAGGCAACGAACAGGAUCAGGACCAGUGGAUGAUCUAGGUAGACAAAGCAGGGUGGCCUCAGGGAGAUUCCAGGCCAGCCCAACCUACCCUGCACCCCCCACCCCUGCCCCACAGAACCAGCUGAUGGCCCCAGUGCCUGAAAGUGCCCUUGGGUACCUCCUCAGCUGCUGCCAUGGUCUCCUUGGCACCUCCCAGGCCAUCAGUUUGCUCUUGAAUCCCCAAGACCUGAGCCCACUCCACCUUUUUGGCCAGUACCUCACCCCUCGGUUGCCAGGUCUGGUUGCUUUCUAACUCUUUAAUAAAGACACAGGAGUGAUUUUUCUUC